CGUCCCACUGAAGGGCUACACUGUCAUGGCGGUGACGAGCUGAAGCUACCGGGGGUGAAUCAGGAAGAGAAUGCAGCGCAGCUGGGUGAACGUUGACGUCUGAAGACUUUCGCCGGGGAGGGACCGAGCGGACAGCCCGUCCUUUUGUCGACUUCUGCCCGAGCUGCUGACGGACUUACACCCCCCCCUCCCCCACUACACACCCCCUUUUUCCAGUUUGUGAGUUUUUUUUUUUUGCUUCUGCCGAGCCGCGAUACCUGUGAAGUGUGUGGACUCAGCGACAAAAAGCAACUUCCACCGCCGCGACGGAGAGACUAAAGUCCCCUCCGCUGCCACUGGAACACGCCGAGGGGACGAGAGGUUAAGGGCGAGCUCUCCUCUUCACCUGCUUCGCCCCCCCUCGCUUCCCCUCUUACCUGCUGCACACUUCCUCGCGGCUUUUACCGACAUUAAUCCGCCUGGGAUCAAGUUCCGGACCGGAGGACAGGAGCAGUUCACCGAGGAGCGACGCGGGGGACACGUUUAUAUAUCCAGUCCCGCAGUGUCAGCGGCCAACACGCGGUCUCCGCACCUUUUUAUAUAUAUAUAUAUAUAUAUAUAUAUAUAUAUAUUUUUUUUGCCCCACUUCGGCGAAACAGUUUUUUUUUUAGAUGGGGAGAAACACGUUGAAGGGGACAUAAACCCCUCGAAGCUCCUGCGACGAUCGGCUGCACCGCCCCCUCCCCACUCACCGGAGGUGAACAGGUGCCUUACCUGUGUCUCUCCCCCCCUUCCCCCGCUUCCUCCCUUUUAGCAAAUGGCUAGCGAGGAGACGCCGGGCGCCGCCGGACCGGACGGGAGACCCGGCGCCAUGGCGCUCAACCCCGCGGUGCCCAUCAGGGGGAUCAAGAUGAAGUUCGCCGUGCUCGCCGGCCUGGUGGAAGUUGGCGAAGUUUCCAACCGAGACAUCGUGGAGACGGUGUUCAACCUGCUGGUCGGUGGCCAGUUUGACCUCGAGAUGAACUUCAUCAUCCAAGAACCCGACAGCAUCGUGUGCAUGGUGGAGCUGCUGGACCAAUGUGAGCCCACCUGUCAGGCCGAGGUCUGGAGCAUCUUCACCGCCAUCCUCAAGAAGAGCGUCCGCAACCUGCAGGCGUGCACCGACGUAGGACUCAUCCAGCAGGUGCUCCGGCGCGUACAAACCACGGACAGCAUGAUCGCAGACCUACUGGUGGACAUGUUGGGCGUCCUCGCCAGCUACAGCAUCACAGUUAAGGAGCUGAAGCUUUUCUUCAGUAAGCUGCAAGGGGAGAAAGGCCAGUGGCCUCGUCACGCAGUGAAGCUUUUGUCAGUUCUGAAGUACAUGGCGCACAGGAACGGCCCCGACUCAUUCUUCAGCUUUCCAGGGAAGAAUGCAGCUGCUAUAGCUCUGCCUCCGAUAGCAAAAUGGCCGUACCAGAAUGGGUUUACGUUCCACACAUGGCUGCGCAUGGAUCCUCUCAACAACAUCAAUGUAGACAAAGACAAGCCUUACCUGUACUGUUUUCGCACCAGUAAAGGCAUGGGUUACUCUGCACACUUUGUGGGUGGAUGUUUGAUAGUGACCUCGUUAAAAACGAAGGGGAAAGGAUUCCAGCACUGUGUAAAGUACGACUUCAAACCCCAGAAGUGGUACAUGGUGACCCUCGUUCACGUCUACAACCGCUGGAAAAACAGUGAGAUUAGCUGCUUUGUGAACGGGGAACUGGCUUCCUUUGGAGACAUCGCCUGGUUUGUCAACACCAGUGAUACGUUUGAUAAGUGUUUCCUGGGAUCGUCUGAGACAGCAGACGCCAACCGUGUGUUCUGCGGACAGAUGGGAGCGGUCUACUUGUUCGGAGAGGCGCUCAGCGCUGCUCAGAUCCUGGCGAUCUAUCAGCUGGGACCUGGUUACCAGGGCACAUUCAAGUACAAAGCAGAGAGUGACUUACUGUUUGCCGAGCAUCACAAGACCUUACUGUAUGACGGCAAGCUGUCUUCUUCUAUUUCAUUCGCUUACAACCCUCGAGCCACAGAUGCCCAGCUCUGCCUUGAGUCCUCCCCCAAGGACAACGCCUCCAUUUUCGUCCACUCACCCCACGCACUCAUGCUGCAGGAUGUGAAGGCCGUAGUGACUCACUCAGUCCAGAGUGGCAUACACUCAAUCGGGGGCGUGCAGGUGCUCUUCCCUCUGUUUGCACAGCUGGAUUUUUGCCAGCCUUCCAGCCAGGAGCUGGACACCUCUGUCUGCUGCACUCUGCUAUCCUUUGUGAUGGAGCUCUUGAAGAACUCAGUGGCUAUGCAAGAGCAGGUCCUCGCCUGCAAGGGCUUUCAUGUCAUCGGCUACACUCUGGAGAAGUCCUCCAAGGUCCAUGUGACGCGGCCCGUCCUGGACAUUGUGCUGGCCUUUUCCAGAUACCUUAGCAACUUGCAGAAUGGCAUCUUGCUGCUCAAGCAGCUGUGUGACCACAUUCUGUUCAACCCCGCCAUCUGGAUCCAUGCCCCUGCCAAGGUGCAACAAACUCUCUACACCUACUUGGCCACAGAGUUCAUCAGCACGGUGACCAUCUACAACACCAUUCGCAGGGUGGGCACGGUACUUCAAGUCAUGCACACAAUGAAAUUCUACUACUGGGUCGUCAACCCCCAGGACCGCAGUGGAGUCGUGCCCAAAGGCUUAGAUGGUCCACGGCCGAACCAGAGGGAGAUCCUUUCUUUGAGAGCCUUUCUGUUGUUAUUUGUCAAGCAGCUCAUAAUGAAGGAUCAUGGCGUGAAGGAAGACGAGCUGCAGAGUAUCCUCAACUACCUCCUUACCAUGCAUGAGGAUGACAACAUCAUGGACGUACUGCAAUUGUUGGUGGCUCUCAUGUCCGAACAUCCGGGCCCGAUGGUCCAUGCCUUCGACCAGCGCAAUGGGAUCCGUGUGAUUUACAAGCUUCUGGCCUCAAACAGUGAAGGAAUAAGAGUGCAGACCCUCAAAGUGAUGGGCUACUUUCUCAAAUACUUGCCACCAAAGAGGAAACCCGAGGUCAUGCUGAGUCACGGCCUGUUCUCGCUGCUGACUGAACGCCUGAUGCUCCACUCGGGCCAGUUCACCAUGACGACCUACAACGUGCUCUUCGAGAUUCUUACAGAGCAGAUCUGCACUCAAGUGAUCCAUAAACAACAUCCGGACCCCGACUCCACUGUGAAGAUUCUCAACCCACAAAUUCUGAAGAUAAUAGCCGCUCUGCUGAAGACCUCCCCCUCCUCCCCCGAGAGCAUGGAGGUGCGCAAAGUCUUCCUGUCCGACAUGAUCAAACUGUUCAAUAACAGCAGAGAGAACCGCAGGAGCCUGCUGCAGUGCUCGGUGUGGCAGGAGUGGAUGCUCUCUCUGUGCUUCAUCAGCCCUCAAAACAGCGAGGAGCAGAAAAUCACAGAGAUGGUGUACGCCAUCUUCCGCAUCCUGCUCUACCACGCCAUCAAGUACGAGUGGGGCGGCUGGCGGGUCUGGGUGGACACCCUGUCCAUCACCCACUCCAAGGUCACCUUCGAGCAGCACAAGGAGAAUCUGUCCCGUAUGUUUCGGCAGUACCAGAGUCAGGAGUCCGCGGGCUCUGUGAGCACCCUGCGCACCAUCUCCGGAGUCAGCGACAGCUCGGAGACCAACGGGCCCCCCGCCGAGGAGGCGGCCCCCUCCACCGUCAUCGAGCUCACGGUGGACGAGCUGAGCCACAAGUCCCAUGACUCUGCACCCAGCUCCACCGCCGCCUCCAGCCCGCCGCAGGCUGCCGGGGGGAGGGAACACGCACCCAUCGCCAUGGGCAACAUCCUGGCCGGCGCGGAGGAAGAAGAAGAGCAGAAGUUGGUUCAGGAGACUCCCAAGAACGACUUGGGCGACGAUGGAAGAGAGACUGAAGCUGCUGUCCCACAGAAAGACGACGUGAAGGAACAGAGUGAAGAGACCGACCAGCAGGAACCGGCGACGGCGGCUUCCACUGACGAGAACACGGACGGUAGACAAACCUCAGUUAGCAGCCAGGCCCCAGCGGAUGACUCCAAAGCAACGGAGGAGGUCAGAGACUCAGACGCAACAUCUGAGGCCAACGAAACGCCCGUAAAAGAUGACGGAAGAUCUGAACCUAUCGGGGUCAGCGACCACGUCCACACCAGUGACGCCGAGGACAGCCAAGGGGAGUCUUCUUACGCCUCCGCUGCAGCCGGAGAGGAAAGGGACGUAGGAGAGGAAGAGGGUGAUGAAGAAGAUCAAGGUCUCGAGACGAAGACGGCGGAGGAAAACGAUGAGAAGCAGGAGGUUGGAACACAAGAAACUGCAGAGGAACAGGAGAGUCCGACUCCUCCAACGGGACACAGUUUGACAGAACCAGCCCAAGAGGCUUCCUCCUCCGACGCCACACCGGACCGCACCUCACCCAGCCAGCAUCCAGAGACCACAAACACCCCUAAGGAGGACACUCUGCCCCCUCCCACGGACGGCUCCACCGCUGCCUCCACCUCCGGGACCAAGAGUGCAGACCCCGUCAGCAAGACCAAAGAGAUCAAAAUCGCCCGACUAGAUGUGUCCAACGUGGCCUUAGACACGGAGAGACUUGAAUUAAAGGAGGCCUCCACAACAGAAACAGGCCAAGACCAGCAAGCAGCAGCAGCAGGAGGGUCUUCAGGUCAGCAGAGAGAGGGCAGCAGCACGUCGGCCCCCCGCUCCACAAUGUUUCGCAUCCCAGAGUUCCGCUGGUCCCACAUGCACCAACGGCUCCUCGCUGACCUGCUCUUCUCUAUUGAGACAGAUGUCCAGAUGUGGAGGAGUCACUCCACAAAGACGGUUCUGGACUUUGUGAACAGCAGCGAGAACGUUGUGUUUGUCCACAACAGCAUUCACCUCAUCUCCCAGGUGGUGGACAACCUCAUCAUGGCUUGUGGAGGCAUUUUACCUCUGCUCUCUGCCGCCACCUCUUCCUCUCAUGAGCUGGAGAACAUCGAACCAUCCCAAGGCUUGUCGGUGGAGGCUUCCGUCACCUUCUUACAGCGCCUCAUCAACCUGGUGGACGUUCUCAUCUUCGCCAGCUCCCUCAACUUCACCGAGAUCGAAGCUGAGAAAAACAUGUCUUCGGGGGGCAUCCUCAGACAGUGCCUCCGCCUCGUGUGCGCAAUGGCAGUGAGAAACUGCCUGGAGUGUCAGCAAGCGCAGUCCCAGCAGGGCGCCGAGGCGCCUGCAUGUGGCCACGCGGCCGCGCCCGGCGCUGCGACUGGACCUUCCAUGUCUGCCGCAGCGCAGAGCCCUGUUGAUGCCGUGACCGGCGGAGUGUCUCCUGUCACGGAGCUGGACCGGCUUCUACAGGAGAUGGACAUCAACCGCCUCAGGGCUGUCGUCUUCAGAGAUAUCGAGGACAGUAAGCAGGCCCAGUUUCUGGCGCUCGCUGUCGUCUACUUCAUCUCGGUCCUCAUGGUGUCAAAGUACCGCGACAUCCUGGAGCCUCACAACGACAAGCGGCGCCCUCAGCGAUCCCAGUCGGCCAGGAGCACAGAUAGCGGUGCCGUUUCUGGCGGGCUAGAAGUGGAGAACGGCGUCUCCCUCCGUCGGUAUGAUUCCGGCAUCGGCGACGACCACACCUCGACCGCCGCGAGCGAGGCGGACCUGUCCUCCUCCGGCGCGACCCACGGCCCGGACGCCAUUUCAGAGGCUCUGUCCACGCUGUCUUCCGAGGUCAGACCGUCGCUGCCCGCCGAUUCAAAGGGCAAGAAUGUGAAGGACAUCCUGCGCAGCCUGGUGAGCGCUCUGCCCGACGCCGCGGUGGAUCCGGGUCUGCUGCAGCCAGCGUUUCUGGGAGGUGUCGGCGACGCGGCCAGAGAAUCGGCACAACGGUUCCGCUCCUUUGAUCGAAGUGUCGUCGUUGCACCUAAGAAAGCGGGCGCAGCACCGUCUCCGGGUGCUUCCACCGCCGUCCCAGCAGCCACUGCUGCUUCUGUGUCUGGUGGGACGCCCAUCGACAGCGUCGCCGUGGUUUCCUCUGGCGACGCGUCACAGAGCGCCUCCGCAGACCCGGCAGCCACAGGCGGCCAGGUUCCAGCCAGCGCUAGCCUGCCAUCUGUCCCCCCGCUGUCCCCUGUGACCCAGAACACAGCCCCCAAUAUGAGCAUCUCAGAACGUCUUGAGAACGCUCUGGAGAAGGCAGCUCCUCUGCUCAGGGAGAUCUUUGUGGACUUUGCUCCCUUCCUCUCUCGGACUUUGCUGGGCAGCCACGGACAAGAACUCCUUAUUGAGGGCACAAGCCUGGUGUGCAUGAAGUCCAGCAGCUCAGUGGUGGAGCUCGUCAUGCUGCUGUGUUCACAGGAAUGGCAGAACUCCAUCCAGAAGAACGCAGGCCUCGCCUUCAUCGAGUUGGUCAACGAAGGCAGGCUGCUGAGCCACACCAUGAAGGACCACUUGGUCCGUGUGGCCAAUGAAGCCGAGUUCAUCCUCAGCCGACAGAGAGCCGAAGACAUCCAUAAACAUGCAGAGUUUGAGUCGGCCUGUGCUCAGUACGCGGCGGAGAAGCGAGACGAGGAGAAAAUGUGCGACCACUUGAUCCGAGCGGCCAAGUACCGCGAUCACAUGACCGCCACACAGCUCAUCCAGAAGAUAGUCAACAUCCUGACCGACAAACAUGGCGCCUGGGGCAGCUCUUCCAAGAGCCGGCCGAGGGAGUUCUGGCGCCUGGACUACUGGGAGGACGAUUUAAGGCGGCGACGCCGCUUCAUCAGGAACCCCUUCGGAUCCACUCACUCAGAGGCCACGCUCAAAGGCGCCGCCGAGCACGUGGCUUAUAUCAGUGCGUCCGAGGAGGAUGUUCUCAAAGGCAAGCAGUCCAUCAGGGGCCAAGCUCUGGGAAAUCAAAACUCCGAGAGUGAGACAUUGCUCGACGGAGACGAUGACACUGUGUCGUCCUUAGAGGAGAAGGACCUCGACAACUUAACAGGCCCGGUGAACCUGAGCACCGGCGCCCAGCUGGUGGCUCCGGCCGCGGCGGUGAGAGGCACUCUGUCCAUCACCGCCUCCGAGCUCUACUUCGAGGUGGACGAGGACGAGCCGGGCUUCAAGGCCAUCGACCCAAAGAUUCUGGCCUACACCGAAGGCCUCCAUGGGAAGUGGCUGUUCACAGAGAUCCGCGCAGUCUUUUCCAGGCGCUACCUGCUGCAAAACACCGCUCUGGAAAUCUUCCUGGCCAACAGAACCGCAGUCAUAUUCAACUUCCCAGACGCAGCCAGUAAGAAGGUGGUCCACAGUCUUCCCCGUGUCGGCGUGGGGACGAACUUUGGCCUCCCGCAGACCAGACGCAUAUCGCUGGCCACACCAAAGCAGCUAUUCAAGGCCUCCAACAUGACCCAGCGCUGGCAGCGCCGCGAGAUAUCCAACUUUGAUUACCUCAUCUUUCUCAACACCAUCUCUGGUCGGACCUAUAAUGACCUGAACCAGUACCCGGUCUUCCCCUGGGUUAUCACCAACUACGACUCAGAGGAGCUUGACCUGACUCUGCCCAGCAACUUCAGAGAUCUGUCCAAGCCCAUUGGUGCUCUGAACCCCAAGAGGGCAGCAUUCUUUUCAGACCGAUACGAGUCCUGGGAGGACGAUCAGGUGCCGAAGUUCCACUAUGGAACCCACUACUCCACCUCCAGCUUCACCAUGAUGUGGCUGCUGCGUAUCGAACCCUACACCACGUUUUUUCUGAACUUCCAAGGAGGGAAGUUUGACCACGCCGACCGCACUUUCUCCUCAGUGUCCCGCGCCUGGAGGAACUGCCAGAGGGACACAUCUGAUGUCAAGGAGCUGAUCCCAGAGUUCUACUACCUCCCCGAGAUGUUUGUCAACGCCAACGAUUACAACCUGGGAGUGAUGGAGGACAGCGCCGUGGUUUCUGAUGUGGAGCUGCCACCUUGGGCCAAGAGCCCAGAGGAGUUUGUACGCAUCAAUCGCCUGGCUCUGGAGAGCGAGUUUGUGUCCUGCCAACUGCACCAGUGGAUCGAUCUCAUCUUCGGCUACAAGCAGCAGGGACCCGAAGCCACCAGAGCCCUCAACGUCUUCUACUAUCUGACCUACGAGGGCGCAGUCAACCUCAGCUCAAUCAACGACCCCAUGCUCAGAGAGGCUGUGGAGUCUCAAAUUAGGAGUUUUGGACAGACCCCCUGCCAGCUGCUCAUCGAACCACACCCACCCAGAAGCUCAGCCAUGCAAGUGUAUCUUCUCCUGCAGACCCCGCUGAUGUUCACGGAGCAGAUGCAGCAGGAUGUUAUCAUGGUGCUGAAGUUCCCGUCCAACUCUCCCGUGACCCACAUAGCGGCCAACACUCAGCCCGGUCUAACGUCCCCUGCAAUCAUCACCGUCACCGCCAACCGCAUCUUUGCCGUCAACAAGUGGCACGGCUUGACUGGUCAUCAGAGCUCAACGACGCAGGACCAGCAGUACCAACUUCCUGUGGAAAUUGACCCUCUGAUAGCCAGCAACGUGGGCAGCCAUCGUCGUCAGAUCUCAGACCUGCUGGAUCAAAGCAUUCAGAUCAGCUCGCAGUGUUUCGUCAUCACGGCCGACAACCGCUUCAUCCUUCUGUGCGGUUUUUGGGACAAGAGCUUCAGGGUUUAUUCCACCGACUCGGGCAAACUGACUCAGAUCGUGUUUGGGCAUCGCGACGUGGUGACGUCCCUCGCUCGCUCCGAGUCCUACAUCGGAGGAGACUGCUAUGUGCUGUCGGGCUCCAGAGAUGCCACCCUGCUGCUGUGGUACUGGAACGGAAAGCUCAACAGCAUUGGAGAAAGUCCAGGCACGGAGUUCACUACACCUCGGGCCAUCUUGACGGGCCACGACUGUGAAGUGACGUGUGCGAGUGUGUGUGCAGAGCUCGGUCUCGUCAUCAGUGGCUGCAAAGAGGGUCCUUGUCUGAUCCAUUCCAUGAAUGGGGACCUGCUGCGGACCCUGGAGGGCCCCGAACGAUGCCUGCGGCCCCGUCUCAUCCAGGCCUCCACCGAGGGCCACUGCGUGAUCUACUACGACAAGGGACAGUUCUGCCACUUCAGUGUCAACGGCAAGCUGCUCGGCCACAUGGAGGUGGAAGACAGCAUCAAGGCCAUGUAUGUCAGUCGGGACGGCCAGUACCUGCUGACCGGCGGCGAUGGAGGGGUGGUGUCCGUCUGGCAGGUCCACAACCUCAAGCAGCUGUUCACCUACCCGGGCUGUGACGCGGGAAUCCGCUCCAUGACCAUGUCGCAUGACCAAAGGUGCAUCAUAACCGGCAUGGCGUCCGGGAGUAUCGUGCUCUUCUACAACGACUUCAACAGAUGGCACCACGAGUACCAGACCCGGUACUGAGCCGGCGGACCCGGAUCCAAGCGGUGUGUGAGCUCUCGACGAAGGCACCAUUCUGUCCAUAUCCUGAAUGUAUCUCAGUGAAAGAAACAACUCCUGUCCUGUUGUAGUAAAAGAAUCUGAACUAUUUUUAAAAAGGGCCUUGCUAUAUUUUGUAGAUGAGAUAGGAAUCUUUCAUAUAAAUCACAGGGGGUGGGUUGUGUUACUGUGCAGUUAAAAACAGAUCUAUUUUUAGCUGUGAGAGUCUAUUUUCAUCUCCUCUGAAAAAGAAACUCUGGAUUUGUGAGCAGCUGGUGAGAACCUUUACUCUCGACAUAAAAAUCCAAAUAUUUGUGUAUUUUAGGGUGAGUGAUUUUUCUUUCCCGUAGGUGUGUGUGGGGAUUUAUUAAGCUAUCAUUCACUUUUAACAUGCUUUUUGACAACACAGUUGGUAUAUAGGAAUUAUUUGAAAAAAUAAUAAAGUGUAUUGGACAGAAGGAUCGACAGAGGGAAUAUAAAUAUAUAAAUACCUAUGUAUUCUAUUAAAUUGUACUCUUCCAUAUUUAAGAUUUCCAUUCCCUCUGUACUUCUGUGCUUGCUAAGAGUUUUCUGUGCAUGGCUCACGACUCAUACGAAACAUAUCAGUGAAGUAUUGCUUCAUGAUUUAAUGCUUCAAACAUCAAUAAAGACAAAACCUCCCACUCAGUGAUCCUAGAGAUGAGCUUCAUGUCGAGUCGGAUGUCAAAGGGGGAAAUCUUUAUUGAUGUCUGUGAGGAAAAGACUGAAUGUAUGACAUCAUACAUCGCUAACAGGAUGACGUCGUUCCAAGUGCCCAAACCGGCCUAAUUUAUGUCGAAAGUCCUCUUUGAGUCCUGUCUCUCUAGCAGCAAAGUGAGAUGUGCAAUGACAGGAAGGACUUUCUCGAUUCCACCCGUCUCUUCUUUUGCUCACCGGAUGAGUGAUUAUGUUCCGGUGCGACUUAGUCAUCAAGUGCAACGACACCUUUUCCUUUUAUCACUCGCUCAAAUAAAUGUCCACUUGUAUCUCUUGAUUUCGGGGUAAAUGUUCAUUUGUAGUUUGUGCUUUAAUGUGGUUUGAGUUUCUAUCUAUCAACCAGUGUUUUAUUUGCAAUCAUUUGAGUGUUUGUGUGCUGAGGUCUGACAAUAAAAUGGAAUUUUAUAACUUGAA